UCUGCCUCAAAGGAAUAUAUACUCCCCUUUAAUAGAGGGCACGAGUCUCGAUUCUACCUACAGCGCCGAAGAGACGAUCUCGGAGACGACCAAGACGCAAUUGUGGCUCCGCAACAGCCCCAUUUGCCUCCGCGAUAAGUUAUAACCCAUGCGUCUUGGUCUGCUGAUCUAGCGCACUUUUCUCUUCUUGUUCUUGAUUAUCGUUCGCGUCAUAAGCCCGCGUUUCCCGAACUUCUGACAAAAGCAUCUCUCUGAAAAGGCAUACCGGUUGUGCCAAUACUUGUCGAUGAUGUUGUCGGUCAGGGGAUCAGCAUCCAGCUUCGGAAACCUCCAUGAACUUGAGCGCCUUAGGUCAUGAGGUAGUAUUAGAAACCUGUUGUGGUUUUUGCUUCGAAUUUUUAGCAUUGGGUGUUGUACGGCCAGAACAAUAUGAUGAAGUUAAAAAGGCUUCUCAAGCAAGCAAAGACGGCGCUGAUCGACCAGCUGGCACAUUCUGGAACAGAUAUAGUUGCGUGGGACGAAGCAUGGCCAUUUGAUGACUGAUCUAAUGAGAUUCCUUGUUUCCAACCCACCUUUGUCAGGUCAUAUCUGGUCUAGCGCUUGUCCUAGGCUUUACAUGAAUUUCAUAGCUCUGAUUGCACCAAGAAGAUCAGCAUCCACCAAAGCAAUGUCUCCUGCAGAGAACUGUAAAAGGAAACUGCGGAUUGCCAGAGGCUUACACACCGGGAGAGCUGUCCAUUCUUUUUCAAUACCAAAACAUCUAGAUCGAUAUAAAGCCUCCCCGUCUAUCAGGAGAUCUUGAGCAAGAAGUAGCAUAUCAAAACUGGUAGUCUGCCGAGACUCCAUGACUUUGAAUCAAGAUAUAAAUACUGGGCUUCAGCCUGCUCCGCAGGAGUAAGUAUAUCAAA